UUCUGCCGCUCGUCAGAGUCUGAGCUCGAGCGCGGUCCGGUUCACCGACAGCUGCUGAAACACGCGCGGAUGCACCUGCAGUUACCGAUCAUGGCGCUCGUGCCGUCUCGCUCCAGCGGUGUCUGUGUCCAACGAUCACCCUCCGUGUGUCUCUGAGAGGAACCAUGCUGUCGGGAAGCUGGCGCCGGGGAACCGUGGUCCCGGGGUCCAGGCUGGGCAGUACUGUGGUUCUAGAAGCUCAGUAUGAUUACUCGUACCGUGCCACCGACGGCCGUCUGGUCUCCAUACACGAGGGCGAGCGCUUUCUGCUGCUGAAGAAGACCAAUGUGGACUGGUGGCAGGCGCGGAGGAUCGGGGUCGGAGCAAAGGUCAAACCCAUAUAUGUGCCAGCGACGUACGUCAUUGAGCUGCCGGUCAGCCAGUUCCGCCCCUCGCUGCCCUCCAGCCAAUCAGCAUCAGAGAGCUUCAAGAUGAUCCCACGAGGUUCCCUCACACCCUUGCCUGAUAAGCAGUUCUGUCGUUCCAUGGAGAAUCUCAGCUGCAGCAGUGCCUUGAUGGACCACCAUAGAGGACGUUUCCCGACGUUACCCCUCUCCGGUUCCUCCGCUGUGCCCUCGGGUCACCUCUCGGUUCCCUGCGUCCCGAUCGCCCGCAGCCAGAGCUCCAGCAGUCUGCCGCAGAACCCGUACCAGGACCCAGACCCGAGCAAAUCCUACAGCCAGUGGGACGUGAACGCAGCCACACGCAGACACACGCAGACACACAUCCAGAUCUCAUCAUCCGCCUACAUUUCCCAGAAUUCUCUGUCAGAGCAGGGGAAGCGGUGGGCGGAGCCUCCCAAGCCGUUGCCGGGUCAACGACCCCUGCAGACGCUGCAGCUGUGGGAGCAGUACCGUGACCCCGGCACCGGACGCUUUUACUACGUCAACACCGUGACCGAGGAGCGCUCGUGGAAACCUCCACGCAGAGCCCGCGAGAGCCACGCCCACCAAAACAAGGUCGGGGCAGUUCAGCGUGACAUCAGACACCUGUCACUCCCAUUAAAGAACUCAGGAAGCAGCCCAAUGCACAGGCUCUCGCCUGACCUCUCCUACAUUACCCAUAAUGCCAACGGCUGGCAGCUGAGCCAGAGCAUGCAGCACGCUGCGUCAUCUGACGUGCUUAGCUCCGCCUCCAGCAUGUUUGACGACGCCCAUCGCAGGAACUCUGCCUUAGCAGGGGGCGUGGCAUGUGUGAGCCACUCCCACUCCAUGUUCCUGCCCUUACAGCGAGCUUCUGCAAACGGCAAGUCAGAUUACAGACUGGUGACAGAACCUUCUUCAUCUGGGAGCUCACCAGACAGUGAAGGAGUCACACCGGAACUGGAAAAGGCCGGUCUGCUCAACAAAACCAAGAUAGCAGAAGGAGGCAGGAAACUGAGGAAAAACUGGAACCCGUCAUGGGUGGUGCUGGUGGGAAACAGUCUCGUCUUCUUCAAAGACCCCAAAAGCCAAAAUCCUGACAGCUGGAAGCCGGGUAACAGCUGUCCAGAGAGCAGCGUGGAUCUGAGAGGAGCUCAGCUUCAGUGGACCAACGAUCUGUCCAGCAAGAAAAACGUCUUCAAGCUGAGGACGGUUACGGGAAAUGAGUUCUUGCUGCAGUCGGACACAGAGUCACUCAUCAGAGAAUGGUACAGAACCAUCCAGAACGUCAUCCACAGACUGGAUAAGGAGAAUCCUCUGGAUAAUGUGCUGCAGUAUUCUCUGAGGAGAGCCGGAUCGGUCGAGAUGUUGGAUCAGAGCGGAGACGAGGACGAGAAUCGCGCCGGACGCAAGACGUCGCUCCCUCGCUCCGCGUCUAACCUGGAGAACUCGGAGCACAAGCGUGUGAAGAGCCGCUUGAAGAAGCUGAUCCUCCGGAGACCUCCGCUCCAGACGCUGCAGGAGAAAGGACUCAUCAAAGAUCAGGUGUUCGGAUGUGCGCUGGAGCUGCUGUGUGAGCGAGAGAAAAGCGUCGUCCCUCAGUUCGUCAGGAAGUGCACCGAAGCCGUGGAGAGAAGAGGUUUGGAGACUGAUGGGAUUUACAGAGUCAGCGGGAAUCUGGCCGUCAUUCAGAAGCUGCGCUUCGCUGUCAAUCACGAGCGAGCCGUGACCACAGACGGACGCUAUCUCUUCCCUGAGGAUUUAGUUCAAGAGCGUCUGGAUCUGGACGACCCGCAGUGGGAGGACAUCCACGUCAUCACCGGAGCGCUCAAGCUGUUCUUCAGAGAGCUGCCCGAGCCGCUCGUGCCGUACACACUCUUCCACGACGUCGUCGAGACCGUCAAAACCUCGGAGCAGCUGGAGAAGGUGGAGAGACUGAAGCUGCUGGUCCUCAGCAUGCCCCCACCCAACCAACACACCCUACGACACAUGAUCGGACACCUCAGACGGGUGAUGGAGCGCUCCAACAGCAACCGCAUGACCACGCAGAACAUCGGCAUCGUGUUCGGCCCAACACUGAUGCGUCCCGAGAACGAGAGCGGAAACAUGGCCAUUAACAUGGUGUACCAGAACCAGGCCGUGGAGCUGCUGCUGAGCCAAUACCUGCAGAUCUUCGGAGACGAGCAGACGGGAGCUUCCUGAAACCAUCCCAGACUGCAUCAUUACUCCACAAACUCACCCUAGACUGGAUCUCAUGAAAACACCACAGGGUCACGCUUCAGCUCAAUGUCAGAAAUAAUGAUAAAAAAAAAUAGAAAUUAUAUUUUGCAUAAAGAAAAUUUUUAGGAUCAUUAAGAUAACAUCAUAAAUUCUCAAAGCAUCCAGACAUUUUAUCCUGUUUUUUUUUUUUUGGACUACUAAUUCUAGUAAUAAAUAAAAAAAAUAUAGAAAUUAUAUUUUGCAUAAAGAAAAUACAUUUUUAGGAUCAUUAAGAUAACGCAAUGUUAUUUUAUUGUUAAUUAAACACAUUUUUAUCUCAAAGCAUCCAGAAAUGUUGUGCUUUUUUUGGAUUGUAAUAAUUCUAGUAAUUAAAAAAAAAUGUAAAUUAUAUUUUUCAUGAAAAAAAUAUUUUUUAGGAUCAUUAAGACAACGCAAUGUUAUUGUUAAUUUAACACUUUUUCAAUUACCCUAUUAUUUUAGAAACAAUUAAACAAAUUUGUAUCAUUAAUUUUGCCAUUAUUAUUCUUAUACAUUUUUCUUCAACAAGACUAAGUUCUAAAAAUAUAUAUAUUUUACAUAAACAAAAUUAAUUUCUAGCAACAUUAAGAUAACGUUAUGAUAUUAUAUGAAUCAAAAUGAAACACAUUUUCACCAUAAAGUCUCAAAGCAUCCAGAUAUUUUGAGUUUUAAAAAUAAUUCCCACCAAAAAAAUUUCUUAAUUCUAAAAAUAUUAAUUAUAUUUUGCUGAAUUUUUAAGUGAACAUUUCUGAUAUUUUUUUAAAGACAAUUAAACAAAUUUUCAGCAUAAAUUUUCAAAGCACCAGACAUUUAACAUUUUAUUUUUAUUUAUUUUUUUUACUAAUAAUUAUUGUAAAUUCAAUUUUUUCUAUUAUAUUUAGCAGGAAAAAAAAAUGUUAUUUAAUUCACAAUUAAACCUAAAAAAAAAUGUUAUAAAAAAAUUUUCUACAGUAAAAAUUCUCUUAUGGUUUUAUACCAUUGCACCACAGGAAUCAUAGUAAAAUUACAAAACAGUAAUAAUAAUACAUUAUACAUUUAUGGUUUAAUUAAUUAUAAUCUUUAUGCAAAAAUAUAACUUCUUUCUCAUGAUGUUUUUGGGUGACCUGUAAAUGUUCGUGACAGCUUUUGUGAGAUUCGCUCAAGCUUAUUUGCAUCUGUGUGUGUGUGUGUGUGUGUGUGUGUGAUCCAUCUUUCAACUCUUCCGAUUUCAUCCCUAGUGCCUUUGAACUGUUUUUAUCUCAAUCGAUUCCCCGCUCAGAGCUCAAAGACAAAAAGACUGUCAAAUAAAGCUGUAAGUGUCACUCAAUAAUCCAACGCUUCAGCCAUUUACUCCUCUUUUAUUGGAGAAAUAAAACUGGAUGCAUUUCUCUCCAAAAUGCGAUGCAAUUUCCUUUCCAUUGUUCAUUGUGUGUGUGUGUGUGUGUGUGUGUGUGUGUGUGUGCCAGUCUCAGCGCGGGUGGAGCUCCGCUGCCAUUUCUCCUAAACUCUGCUUUUAAUAACAGAACAAAAGAGGAACUAAAAUGCAUAUGUUAAAAAAUGCACCCCCCCCCCCCCACGCCCGUGGUUUGGUAAUUUUAUAUGGACUGUGGCUUUGGCUCUCGACUAAAAGAGCCAAGAACCGGGAUCGCUUACACACAAUUUAAUGUUUGAUUUUAUAUAUAUUUAUUCAUUUUUAUGUUCUUAUUAUUUCACUUACACGAGGACCACAAAGAAGGUUUCCAGAGGAGAAGCAGAAGGACCGAUGUGAUAUUCUUCUUUUUCAUUUCUGACAUCAUUCGAAGGCAUGUUGUAUUAUCAACCUUCAAAAGAAUACGCUUGAGGAGAUAUUUCACCCAAAAAUGAUGUUAAUCUGAACUGUGUGUGGUGUGAAUAUCGUGCUGAACUUCUGGUUUUGUGUUCAUUCAGAAGAAGGAGAGAGUAAACCACCAGAGCUUUCAGGUGUAGGUGAACCAGUCUUUUAGAGAGAAACUGGAUUUCGUGAUUCAUUCGGUUUCGUUGUCUGACUCUCCUCAUGUUCUGUGUUUCUGAAAACUCUCCUACACUCAUGAAAUAUUAUAUUUUAAUAUGAGAGCUCUCAGUUUUGAACGAAUGUUUCCUUUUUGUAAUCUGUCUAUGAUGAAGAUGACUAGUCACACAACAUCUGUUCAUCAGAACACAUCUUCUCCCUUUAAACUCUGUGUUUCAGGAUUAUGACAAUAAAAACAGAAAAGAGUUCGG